GGUCCCUCCGUCCGUCCAUAACCUGAAGGUGACUCUUUCUCCUCCUCAGCCCCUCUCGUGAAAUCUCUUCCUCUGCAAUUUCGUCGUCGCCGGCGUCUCUCCGUCGCCACCUCGCCGGACGCGCGAAUCCCUAAUUCGCGGCGGGCGGCUGUCUCCGGCGCUUCUCUGUGGCGGAACCUCGCCGACUGCUCAUGCGCUAGGAACCUCUGCGGCAGGAAAUUCGAGAGAUGGACGUGAUAUCCCAGCUGCAGGAGCAAGUCAACACGGUCGCGUCGGUCGCCUUCAACACCUUCGGCUCGCUGCAGAGGGACGCGCCCUCCGUGCGGCUCUCCGCGAGUUACCCCGAACCGCCCCCGACCGCCGCGGAGGACGCGUCCAGCUUCGCCGAGCAGCCCAAGCUGAUGAGUGCUGCUCUUGUCAAAGCCGCCAAGCAGGUUCUUCUAUCGGAACUUUUUUUCUUCUUUGAUGCCUUAGUAGCGGGACUUCCACUGCCAGAGGGAGGUGAAGGAGCUCAACUCAAAAGGAUUGCAGACCUCCAGGCUGAGAAUGAUGCUGUAGGACAAGAGCUUCAGAAGCAACUUGAAGCUGUCGAGAAGGAAUUGAAGCUGGUCCAGGAGCUAUUCAGCCAGGCAACAGAUAACUGCUUCAAUUUGAAGAAACCAGAAUAAAAAUUGAAGACGCUUCUCUUCUUUACCUUUUUCAUAAAAUUUAUGCAGUAGAGAUGAUGACUGAGAGAAAUAGGCAUUCUACCGUUCGAAUAGUGCAAAGAGACCUGAGAUGUCGCAGCUCUGUGUGGGUGAGUUUUGAAGUCCUUGCCGAGUAAAAGUUUCUCAGUGCACAAAAAGCAUCAAUAUGGGCAUCAAGUCAACCAAACAAUCACUCAAAUGAAGUAGUUCUGGUGAAGUAAGAAGUCUAGUCUUGAAUCUUUAAUUGCAAAAACAAACUGUAAUGUUACAUUAGCGAUGGAAAGUUCUCUGUUUUGUUGUUCACCUUCCUUCCCUCUGAAGUUUUCAAAGAUUGCUUUCUUACUUUUUGGUCCUUCUGAGGAAGGUCUUGGUAUCGGAUGGAGCAUGGGCUUGUUUGCCCUUGCAGUGUAGAUCAAGAAUCAAGAAGGCAACUUUUAUAGUUGUGAA